AUGUCUAAAACUCUUUAUAAUCCAAAUUCUACCACCAAUUCCAACAAAACUCCAAUUAAACGUCCGUUGACAUCUCUUUCGCCCGAAAUGCCAGCAAAAAGACAACAAUUUCUGGAUCAAAUUGCUAAUUUAAAUUUAGACCCUAUUCAAGAAGACCCCACAAUAUCAGACUCUGCCAAAACUAUUAUUUCACAACUCAAUAACCUCUUAAAAACUGCUGGGUGUAUAAUCUCUGAUAUGGCUCAGAACCAACAAAUUUCCCAGCAAAAUAUUGACAAUUCUAUUGCUGAAAAAGAAAGGAAACGGUCUGUUGUAAUUUCGGGGCUCCCCUCCUCUACUCAAACAUUACCAUCAGCUAGAGCAAAUGAAGAUCGACAAAAUGUCAAUUGUAUUCUCGAUAAGUUGGGUAUCGAGAUUUGUCCACAAUCUGUAUAUAGAUUAGGCAAGGAUCUCCCAACCCGUAAAGGUGCACCACCUCUUUUAAAAGUCGUUUUUCCGUCCUCAUAUUUUCAGACAACCACUCUUCGAAAUUGGUCUAAACAACGCAACAAUAUUAAACAAUCUCCAAUAUUCCGGAAUCUGGGCAUUAGAGAAUCUAUGACAUUGGAAGAACGCACCAAUCGUAAAAAAUUGCAGGCUGAAUGUGCACAAAAAAGGUCCGUAGAUAAAGGUGAUUGGAUUAUCUAUGCAAAUACAAUCAUACUUCGCGAAAAUAUUCCCAAUUUCCGAAAAUCUCUCCCAUAG